AUGGCGUUGAAAUUGGCACUCUUGAUUCACCUGUAUUCUACGGUUCUGCAGUUCGCUCACGCUCUCAACAAUGGUUUGGCUCGGACCCCACCCAUGGGCUGGAAUCCAUACAAUGCGUUCUUAUGCGACACGACCGAGGCGCAGUAUAAAACUGCAGCUCAGAGUCUCAUUGAUUUAGGUCUUAAAGAUCUUGGAUACGAGUACCUUAAUCUGGAUUGUGGAUGGCAAGGGAAAUCACGAAACAUCACUGGGGGGUUUACAUGGGAUACCACACAAAUUCCUAAUGGAAUCCCUGCUUUGUCCAAUUUCGUCCAUAGCCUAGGGCUCAAAUUCGGCGUUUAUAGCGACGGGGGCUUCUUUGCCUGUGACUUUGUCGGCGGGACUGCCCACUAUCUUGGGAGCUUGGGACACGAAGUAUCUGACGCCGACAGCUUUGCUUCUUGGGGAGCCGAUUAUCUCAAGUAUGAUAACUGCUACGCUGUCAGCGCCACGGACUUUGUGGAUUUCGAUCCCCCCAUACAACCCCACUUUACAGCCAUGCGGGACGCUCUCGCCCGUACCGGACGUCCUAUCGUCUUCUCCGUCUGUGAGUGGGGCGUACAAGAUCCCGCUCGCUGGCCUGCAAGCACAGUCGGCAACUUCUGGCGAAUUUCGAACGAUAUUGGACCUCCAGCUUCAUGGGAUAAUUUAUUCCGAAUUAUCAAUCAAUUGGUUCCAAUCACUAGUUUUGCGGGACCUGGCGCUUGGAACGACCUAGACAUGCUUGAGGUUGGUAACACCGGGCUCACUAUUGCCGAACAGCAGACCCACUUCGCAUUUUGGGCCGCCGCAAAAUCCCCGCUCUUUAUCUCCACCGACUUGACCAAGGUGUCGCAAGACGCGCUCAGUAUCCUAACAAACAAGCGGAUCAUUUCGCUCAAUCAAGACGGCCUCGGAAAGUCCAUCACCUUUAAGCGACGAUACACCAACGAUCACGACGUAUGGGUUGGUCCUCUGUCAGAUGGAUCUACUGUUGCGGUAUUCAUCAAUUGGCAAAAUAGCGCCCGGUCUCUGAAUGUCAGCCUAUCGGACAUCGGCUUCUCUGCAGCUACAGUUGUCGAUCUGAUAUCUGGGACUUCGCGGGGAAGCGUUGUUAACUCGUUCACCACUACUGUGGCUGCCCAUGGGAUAAUAGUCGUGAAGGUCACCGAUGGUGUUCCUGUAACCGCUCCCAGUUUCACCAUCUACCAAGCAGCCUCCGGUGUUCUCUCCGGCGGGGCAUCUGUCAGAACCGUCAAUUCAGCAGUGUCCGUUGUAGGGUUCGUGGGGAAUGGUGGCACCCUAUCACUCCAAAACGUUGACGGAGGAGUUUCCGGCGGCACGAAAUUACUAUCAAUCGACUAUAUCAACGCAGACUUUGUCUUCUCCAACACGGGCUGUUCCAAUUGUCGAAACGCAUUGAUCAGCGUGAACGGCGGUACACCGGUCACAGCGCAGAUGGCCAUCUCUGGGCAGAGCUGGGAUAUCCUCUUGUCAGGAUACUUGGUGUCUGUGUCAGGAUUUAGACCCGGGAAAACGAACACCAUCCAAAUUUCGAAUCCGAGUGCCUGGACACCAGACCUAGUCCGCAUUGGUGUUUCUAUCUAG